AUGUUUGGGUUUCGAAAACCACCACCAAGUACAACUUCCGGUUCAGACAUGGAACCCGAUAAGAACACAACCCUUACUCCAGCUAGACGAACUUCUUCAGAACCCGUCCUAGUGCCUAAGUCAAAAGGAAACUAUUUCGACGAGGAUGAUGAUGACGAUUGGGGAAGAAAGCCUACCUCAACCGCCACGUCUACGGCUUCAAAAGCCAAAUAUAAAACCGGUUUUAAGGAUUCUGGAGGGCUAGAGAAUCAAAGUGUUCAAGAGCUAGAGAAUUAUGCAGUGUACAAAUCUGAGGAGACAACAGAUAGUGUUAAUAAUUGUUUGAGGAUUGCUGAGGAUAUUAGAGGCGAUGCUACAAGAACUCUUGACAUGUUGCACCAACAAGGUGACCAGAUUACAAGGACUCAUAAUAUGGUGGUUGAUACUGAGAAGGAUUUAAAUAAGGGCGAAAAACUCCUAAAUAGUCUUGGGGGUAUGUUCUCUAUGCCAUGGAAACCAAAGAAGGGCAAGACAAUCACAGGCCCUGUAAUUACAUCAGAUAAGUCAUCCAAAAAGAAUGUAAAAAAUAAGGAAGAUAGAGAAAAGUUGGGAUUAGCUCCUUUGCCAAAGGGACGUUCUGCACCAACCACACCUCCUAAUGAAUCAGCCAAUGCCUAUCAGAAAGUCGAUUAUGAAAAAGCUAAACAAGAUGAUGCACUCUCUGAUCUUAGUGACAUCUUGGGUGAUUUGAAGGGUAUGGCAGUUAGUAUGGGAACUGAGUUAGACAGCCAAAACAAAGCACUUGAUUAUCUUAGUGACGAUGUUGAUGAACUCAACUCUCGAGUAAAAGGCGCAAAUCAACGUGCCCGCAAAUUAGUAGGGAAAUGA